AUGGAUUUUGCAAGUUUUGCUGCAGCUGCUUUACGCAGCUCAGCAGUUUUGCCAUGCGAAUCGUUCGAUAGUUACUGGAUAACUAACGCUUCUGUUCAGUUCGGAUUGAAAAGUGUAAAGUGUACGUUUCGUUUCGAAACAUCAUUUGCAGAUGCUGAAGACGAAGCUGGCACAUUAGUAAAUGGUGAUAAUCGUCACACUGUAUACAUUCUUUGGGUUUCAUCAUGUGAAGAUCCUUCAUUGUUGUACUCCUGUCGAAUGGAUUCAAAAAUCGAUAAGGUUGCACUUCGUUAUGGGCAACGUACACCUUCGAUCCUGAAAAAUAUGAUUGAGGGAGCAAAUAUGCCAUCGGAUGAUCCAAAAUUCACAAUGAUUAAUUUGAUUGGUGAGCAAGAAAUGGGUCUGUUCAUCCGACUUUGUGUCGCACCUGGUGAUGGUCCAUCAGCACUACGGCUCGCCUUACGCACUCCGUCUGCAGCGGAAUGGAAAAGUCAUUUAUUGAUGUUUAUUCAGAAUUUACAGAAUGAUUUGUGGAAAGAACGUUGGCAGCGUGAAUUGUUGGAAAAGGAUGCGUUGAGCAUGAAAUCUCAAAUAGCACAAAUGGAAAGGAAACGUGGUUGGCUUGAAAAAGAGCUGGAGAUGUUGUACGCAGUGAUGCAACAGCAGAAUCCCAUGCAGUCAGUGAAAAUUACAAAUGAGGCUGAAAAUUCCAUACCCAAAAGAGAGGAACUGUUACUUCAACCAGUGCCGACUGCUUCAACAGCACAAAUUACUGAUACAGAGGAAUCAUCAAAGUUCAAUGUUAACGCUGUGCCAUCGAAACGGAGUUCCCUGUCCUCUUCACUAACCUCUUCUGUGCCUCUUAAAUCUGGUCCGGAUUUCAAAAAAAAGCGAACAGUUCGGAACAAAGAUGCGUUAGCCAAUGAUGACUUGUUGAUGGGUGUUGCUUCACUUCUCUCUUGUGCAGUGUGUCCGGAUGAAGUAACACUGCGAGAUCAGGAUGGAAUAAAGGAACAUUUCAUAAAUCAGCAUCUAGACGGUGAGCACGGUCGCUGUCGGGCUUGUACAGAAGAAGUUAAAAGUAGUGAUAUGCUGAGUCAUAUGAAAGCGCAUCUGGUUAAAAAGUAUGCUUGUGAAUUUUGCGGCAAGAAAGGAAGGAAGCAUUAUUUGAAGGCACAUAUUCGUGUUCAUACUGGAGAAAGACCUUAUAAAUGUGACAAAUGUCCACGUCGUUUUGCGGACUCAUCCACAUUUCGCCGACAUCAGUUGAUUCACACUGGUGAAAAACGAUAUUCAUGUCCGGUGUGUGGACGUUGUAUAGCUCGGAAAGAUAACGUCAAGACACAUUUGAGGAGUCAUGUAAAGACUAUUUCCAACAGUGAAAGUGAAGCAGCUGCUUGGAUGGAAACCCUCUUAAAUUCGUUACCCACUAAAAUGGAAAGGAAUGCAGUGACUGUACCACCGCUAGAUUCGCCAACUUCUGUGGAAAAUAAUGAAGAUCAAAAUUUGUUAGGUGACUUCAAUUUGUUGGAAUCUCUAAAAGAGGAUGAGGAAAUGAGUGAUAAGUGUUGA